UGCUGUCCAAGAAGCCUGUUGUCUAAUUCUGACUUUCUUUCACAGAGGAAAUGUGUUUGUUGGCUGAGAAUUUUGGAGUCCAGCCUGUUGAGGGAUUUCUUUCCCUUCAGAGAAGAGGGAAGAAAAGCAUCUUAGAUACGGUUUGGUUCUUCAUCAGAGUGUUUCCAACAUGGAGAGACCCAACCCACCUGGACCUGAAGCAGGCAGUGUCCCCGGGAGCAGUGGGGAAUCCUGGGAAGGAACUACGCAGACAUCCCUGAAUGCGCACAUAUGGUGCCAGCGCUUCAGGCAUUCCUCCUUCCGAGAGGGCGAGGGACCCAGAGAGGUUUGCAGCCGCCUCCACUCUCUCUGCCGCCAGUGGCUGAAGCCAGAGCAACACACCAAGGCGGAGAUGCUGGACCUGGUGAUCCUGGAGCAGUUCCUGAGCAUCCUGCCCCCAGAGAUGGGGAGCUGGGUCCGAGAGUGUGGGGCAGAGACCUCUUCCCAGGUGGUGGCCCUGGCGGAAGGCUUCCUCCUGAGUCAGGCAGAGGACGGGGAGCAGGAAGGACAGGUGAGAGCAUUGCCUCUUGGCUUCACUCACCUUGGGACUGAUGGAUAGUGUAAACCUAUAUCC